AUGGAGAGAAUAGACGCUAGCACAGUGGGCGGAACCACUAUGGGAGUUGCCAAGAGGGCUACCUUGGUAGCAGUCAAGGUUCUUUCCGACGAUGGAUCCGGCUCUAUUGCAAACAUCGGUUUGGGUAUUGAAUAUGCAGUGAAUGACGCCAAGAGAAGAAACGCUAAGGCCGUCAUCAACAUGUCUUUGGGCGGUGGUGCAAGCACUGCUUUUGAUGAAAUGUGUAAUGAUGCUGUCAGAGAGGGCGUGACAAUGGUUGUCGCAGCUGGCAACUCUGGUGCUGAUGCAUGCUCAGAAUCUCCAGCCAGAGCCGCUGAUGUAAUCAGCGUUGCAGCAAGUGACAGCAGGGACGACCUGGCGAGCUUCUCGAACCACGGUAGAUGUGUGGACAUCAUUGCACCGGGAGUCGGCGUCCUUGGCGCACGCACCAAGACCAACUCUGGAUCUGUAGCCUACAGCGGAACAUCCAUGGCCGCCCCACACGUGGCCGGUGCCGUUGCGGUCUUCCUUGGUAACCAGUCUGGAAAUCCCACUCCUGCUGAAGUGAGAGAGUGGCUUGAGACCAACGCCAGCGAGGGCAAAAUCAAUGUCCCAACUGCUAGCCGCCCGGGGGCCAGUUGCUGCCAGACCACCACCCGCAACUGCAACAACAAGUGCCACACUGUAAACAAGCUUCUGUACGUUGGCUGUUAG